AUUACAACCAUAAUACUUUUAAGACGGAUAGGAACGAUCGAUUUGAGGCAUACUGGUGGGGCGAUGUAUUUGCCGGUGUCGGCAUACACAGGGUGCCUGCAACGCGAUUGCACCAAGAUCGACCGGAGGAUGUCAUUUCUAAUGACGAUAGUAUUAAUGUAGAUACAUGGAUUUUAAAUAAUAGACGUAUUCGUAUAGAACAGAAGAAAUCAAGUGAAAAAACAGCACGAAAUAUGGUUUCUCCUGGAAAAAAUGAUCUUUUUGUGGGACUAUUGAGAUUUCAAGAGCAAUAGCACUGUGGAAUAUCUGAGCCCUUGUUGACUGGUACUGUCACGCUGUUUUACUAGACAGAUUUGCUCCUGAUAUCCUGGUCGCUCCUGGUUUCUGUCUCCCGAAUCACACUUCGGGAAGUCGAUGGAGCAGAGAGAUCUCUGUAUCCCGUCCCGACCGAAGGGGGGUGACGUUGAAUUCUACCCCAGUGGAGGCUCAGCCAGCCAGGGUGACCUCCCAGAGGGCACCGGUGGUCUGCUCUCCACGCCCGGGAAGGGACUCCCUGCCACAGGGGAGCGACUCGAUACCGAGGAGGACGAUGACUUGGGCCUGGGCAGGGACGUGGACGUCAACUCAAAUCCAGACAGCGAGAAGUGGGUGCCCGGCGAUGGGCUGGAGGAGCAGGAAUUCUCCAUCAAGGAGGCCAGCUUCUCCGAAGGCAGCCUGAAGCUGAAGAUACAGACCACGAAGCGAGCCAAGAAGCCCCCCAAGAGCCUGGAGAAUUACAUCUGCCCUCCUGAGAUCCGCAUCACUAUCAAGCAGCCUGGGGAGCAGAAAAUGGCCAAGCAGAUGAAGAACGGCAAGAGUGGCAAGGAUGAGGACAAAGGAUUUUCCAAGAAGAAGACUAGUGAAAAGUCUCUUGGACAAAAUGAAAGCGAUCUGUUGGAUUUCCUGGGAGAAUCAAUGAAAUCAAAGCACCAGCUUAAAAGUACUUUCAAGCAUCAACUGGACUGGACAAAGCCGUCACCACUUUCUCAUGGAAACCAGACAGAUUCCGAUUCUAAAAGAGAAUUAACAGGAACCCACAAGAUCCCUCCACCAGAUCUGUCAGGCUCCCCUCUCAAAUCGCAACUGAAAAAGGUCACAGAAAGCCUGUCCCCAAGUCAGUUUUCUGCCGGUGGGUCUAGUCAGAUGAGCAGUUCAUUACUGCACUCUUCUGCCACAAAUGCAUCUCUGACCACACAAUCAGAUAGCAAUCUGAUGAUGCUGUCAUCUUUAAGCAAAGAGAGGGGUUUGCAGGAGGUAGCCGACCAAGUGUUUGGAAACAUUAAGAGGAAGUAUGGCCGGAAGGAGUCAAUGAGGUGCCUCGUCAGCCACAGUUCAGAUCUACAGUGGGGCAAGAAGGCAGAAAGCCAGUUGGAAGCAAAAAGUCAAGUUAUUUCAAAAGACAAGCAAAUGCAUGGACCUGAUAAAAUGGUGCAAGUACCAAAUGGAGAGAUUGAGGGCACUGGAAAUAGUGCCACAGAGGAAAGUGAUGUGCUGUCAGGAUCCAUAUCUCCACAGAUGGAUGAGUUCAAAGGGUAUCCUAGUAAAAAGAGGCAAUAUCGCCGGUCAUCGAAAGAUCAAAUACAGCUGGAUGACAUAAUGGACGAGACCCAGGUAUCCGAAAUUGUGGAACAUGCCAUCAGGGGCUUUUCAGAGCCAAAGGCCCCUAACAAGGUAGAGUCCAGGACAACUAAGCUAGUAGUGGAAAGUAUGUCUGAAACAUCAGAACCAGGUUCCACAGUGGACUCCUGUGAACUUGUGGAAAGUUGUCACGAUAGACUACGAAAACAUCCUUUGUGCAGGUCAAGAGCAGUGAUCGACUCAAAAAAGCAGUUGAAACCUCCAAAGGGGAAGGAAAGAGGGUCAUAUCAGAAAUCCAAAAACUUCAGUCAGCAGAAGGACAGCAGUCCAUCAAUAAGUGUUCCAGAACCUCCUUCGGCCUAUCCCAUCACACCUUCAAGCCCACUUUAUACCAACACUGACAGCUUGACAGUGAUCACUCCUGUUAAAAAGAAACGUGGGCGACCUAAAAAGCAGCCAUUGCUUACGGUGGAGACUAUCCACGAGGGGACGUCCACCAGUCCUGUAAGUCCCAUCACCCGGGAAUCACCUGGAACUUUGCAGCAAAGAAGGAAAAAGCGAAAUUUAGCUAAUCUUAUGCCAAUGAGUACCAUGGAUGCUGCCCUUGCUACUGAGAAUAAACUAAUUAAGAGUUAUUCUGGUGUUUUUGAAAAGAAGCCAGUUCAGGCAGCGAAGAAAAUGAAAUUGGUUAAGAUGCAGAACAUCUUGAAUAAAAUACUUUCAAGUCCCACCAGCAGCAGUCUUGCCCGGAAGUCAAGGAAUCCCAUGUCAAAUGUUGUUUCUACUAUGGCAUCUACAAUAGAGGCUAGUCUUGGUAAGCAGAUCAACGUCAGUAAACGAGGAACUAUUUACAUUGGCAAAAAGAGGGGUAGGAAACCGAGAGCUGUUUUGAAGGUCCAAGAUGAGCACAAAGCCAGUGAUAAGCACCCUGUGCCUAUUUCUAGCCAGUUUGAGAACCUAGUAGUGCCUUCAAGUCCACUAACUACAGCCGGGAUGCCUUCUCCUAGGGCCAUUCCUACGCUCUCUGCCCAUGUCGCUGGAGCUGGGGGGAUCCUGUGUCCUGCCACCACCGAUGCCAGCCUACAGGACCAGAAGACCAUGCCAAAUCUUCAACCUAUCAGUGCAUUGCCCACAAAAGCUCACAAGGCCUUGCUUGGCAGCAGUAGCUGGAAGCUCUCUCCUCCUCGACUUAUGGCUAACUCGCCUUCUCAUCUCUCUGAGGUAGCCUCUCUCAAGGAAGUUACCCUGUCUCCAGUCAGUGAGUCACAUAGUGAGGAAACGAUCCCUAGUGACAGCGGAAUUGGCACGGACAACAACAGCACAUCUGAUCAAACUGAGAAAGGCCCGGCAUCUCGCAGAAGGUAUUCUUUUGACCUCUGCAGUUUUGAGGCUUCAGAAGCCACUCCACUGGAAGCUGCUGGAAAAGCCUUGAGAGGUCACUGCCCAAAGCAUGUUACAGCAGUGGCUGUUGAGAAUUUUCUUGCACAGGACAGCAUGAAGAAACAAAAGCACCGGAGAAAGCGCAAGAGUCUACAGAGCCGAGAUGACCUUCAGUUCCUGGCUGACCUUGAGGAAUUAAUUGGCAAAUUCCAAGUCUUUCGAGUCUCACAUCGCAGCUACAACUUCUACCCUGAUAAUUUGUAUCCAAGCAUCUUCCGGACCAACUUUGACCACUACUAUCCAAUGCCAUACUUCCCAUAUGACCCUCUGCACUACCUUCGCAGGAAUUCUGAAAUUAAGUCAAAGAGGAGACGGGGAAGGCCAGCCAAAGCCAACAAGCCAAUGACAAAGAUGCCUUUCAUACAAGGGUUUGGCUACCCAAUUCCCAGCAGCAAUUACUAUGCACCCUAUACAAUGCCUUAUUCGUCGAUGCCUAUCGCCACCAAUAUGAUGAACCUAGGUUAUUAUGGUCAAUAUCCAUCCCCGUUUUAUCUGUCCCACUCCCUUGGAGCAGCAGCUUCCCCUUUCAUGAGGCCUGCAGUGCCGCCACCGCCCCCGCAGUUCCAUUCUGGCACACAAGUCAAGUUGGCGGCUUCUGCGAAACACAAAGCUAAACAUGUAUCACAGCAAAUAGGCUCUACUGUGAUCGACGACGACCAGUCUGGCUUGGUGGCGCUCAGCAGCAGCAGCAACUUACCCAGCGUCCGACUCCACAAACACAAACACAAGCACAAGCACAAGUACAAGGAGGACCAUCUCUCCACCCCCCAGAGCCUUGGCGGACUCUUCAGUGGAGCGAAAAACCCUGGUUUCUUGAGUCUUCUGAAUGAGAGGCUGGACAUCUCUGACAAAGAGGCCUCCCUGCCUAAGCUGAAAGACAAACAGUGUAACCAGCAAAGCACACAGAGCAUGUCCCGAAGCUCCAGGAGUGUUUUUGAAGUGGACACCUUGUCCAGCCUCUCUCUCUCUGACCCACAGCAGAGCAAACGCAACCGUGACAGAGAGCGAACUGCCGACUUCCAUGCCAGCUUCAGCCGGACAAAGCCGGGUCUGUCGUCAGACCUGUUUGGGGUGUCGUCGUCUUCUUGGGAAGAAGAUCAUGACCUUCAAGGCAGGAAGCGGAGCUUGGGGAGCUUCAAAAUGUACAGUGAGCAAAACAUAGCUCUGUUCAAAAAUGCUGGUAUGGAAAAGGUGCAGCAAAUGUAUCCAUCCACCGAACACGGAUCUCCUUUGAAGCGGAGGUUAAAGCGGAAAGAAGUGGAGACGAUGCAGUGUGAGGUACGGAAGAUGUGUACCUUCUCCAAGAUCCUCUCCACCAAAAAGAACCUGGACCACGUUAACAAAAUUCUCAAAGUAAAAAGGCUCCAGAGACAGGCCAAGACUGGCAACAACAUUGUGAAGAAGCGGCGAGGACGGCCUAGGAAGCAGCCUCUGCUGCUGGACCCGGAGCCGGCCAACCAGAUGCCCGUGCUGGAGAAGUGUGUGGACCUCCCCGGGAAGAAGACCCUGCGCACCAGCCUGCUGCCUGAGCCCUUGGAGUUCUCCAACCAUGACUCCAUCAGGGACACCAUUGAGUCGGUGGUACACAUGGCCCGAUCGCAGCCUCAGCAACAGCAGCAGCAGCAGCAGCCGAGCCGUGGGGGCAGGAGGUGGCAGAAGACGUCAGAGGAAGUCCAGGCCAAACGGCCACGGAGGUGCAGGGGCACAAAGGAGGAGGACAUGGGCGCAAUGGAGAGGAACACCGGCAGCUCUAGCCUUCUGCAGGCUAAUUAUUAACCCACACGUCCUGUGCACCGUGACCCUUUCCAUCAUCUUGGCCUUCAGCUGUAUUUUUCCAUUGGUUGUAUUUCUAUAACUGUUGAGGGCAUUCUUGGAGACCUCUGGGGGGAUGGGGAAUGAGGUCAUGAUUGUCGAGCUGGCAUUUUGUAUUAAGCAUAACAGGAAGUACCUUGCACUUGGCUACAGUUCUCUGUUCCUGCCUCUCAAAGAUGCUACUGUGCAAGCCCGCCGUGCAGACUGCUCCAGAAACUAUCCUAUUAGUUCACGGCAUCUCGCUACCAUGGCUCUGCCAAACCUUUACCAGCAAAUGUAGAUAAUAAUAGGUUUGCUUAUACUGUGCAAUGCUGGUUACUUUGCCUUGAAUCCAGUCUUUUAAAAGCACUGUACAGUGCAUUAUUUUACUAUUACAGAUUCCCCCCCCCCACCCAGCACCCACCAAUCCCCCCCGUUCAGGAAUGCUCAGAGCAUGGGCAGAUGGCAAUAUUUUGGAAACGAGACCUUUGGACGCUAUCUCUCUAGCUGUGCACCAAAGGUCUGGCAGUAAAUAAGAACACAUACGUAUUUCAAAUACACAUUUUUUGUGUGUAACAUUUCAGAGUAUUUCUCGCUUAGCAGAUUUAUAGGAAAUAGUCAAAGUUUUACCAUAGGAACUGAAAGGUAUUUUUUAGUUAAUGUUUUUUUUUUUACCGAAAAGCAAAGAUGGGUGUGACCCACAGCUAUUUUAUCAGGCUUGUUGAACUAAGGAAGUUUUUGAAGUACCAUCUGAUUGAUCCUGGUCACCCUUCUUUGCUUCUUGUUCAUAGUGAAUCAGUGUUGCCUACACUUUCUAUUUUACUUUCAUACUCUGAUUUGAAGAAUCAGUCUCAGCACUUAUAAAUGUUAUUAACCCUUCUCUUUUGUGGGCUGUGUCAUUGGUUUGUUUCUGCAAGCAAUGGAUAUAUUCUGCAAUUACAAAAUCAUCCCUUUUUCACGAGUAUUCAUGGCUUCGAAUAACCCAGUCAAACAAACAGUGAGACAUGAGAUUCAAUCAAGGUGCCAAACUCUGAGGGUCAGGCCUCCUCCCAGCCAAUAAUGUGUAGCGUUAGAUUCGAUUUGUAUAGCAGGCAAGCAUGUGGUGCUGGAAGCUGGAAGCUCUGUUAUACGUGUCGAAAAAGAAAGAUAAAAUGGACGUUUGUCUGGGGAUGGGUUCAGUGCCAAAAUACACCUUCUUUCCCCUCCAUACCAUAGCGGGUGGGAAUCUGUGUGAUGCUCCAUCUACAUUGCUUUCAUUUUGAGGUGUCUGUCACUCAGUGUUUGCUGUCUAUAUGUACAACUUACAGUGUACAAAAUCAAGUAUUAAAAUAUGGAAACCAAAUUUUCAAAGACAGAUGUCUUUCCAAUUGUUUUUGACCUGGUCUCGCAGGGGUAAAAAGGCAAUAAUUUAGGCAAAUUCGUUUUGUACAGUAUUUUUAGCAUAGAGCAGAUGUGACAAAGACAUCUUGUCGUACUACAACGCCGAUACUUCCUCUCUCCUUCAAGAAAGGUUUGUUUUCUUACUAAGCUUUGAGGAACGUGCUUUUCAGAGUCAAAAUUUCAAUGGUGUUUUAAAGGGAGCUUUGCACUAAAAGCUACAAUCAAUGCAUGGACCAUUCCUGUUUUCUUUUUCUUUUUUAUUUUUCGGAAAUUCUGGUCCGUGUGUUUCUCAGUAGGCUCCCGGCUUGUUAUGCGUGUGCCUUAGGUUUCUUUCUCAAUGUGUUUCUUUCGGAAUGUGCAGGAACGUCAAGCCAGGAGUUGGAUUAAGUCCUGCCAUUCCCACCAAAUCAGCUAGUCUUGCUGUUGUAGAAUCCUUAAGUGAACAUUUGAAGCCGGUGCAGGGUGACCACCCCCCCCGGCUAUCCGUCGUUUGGCCGAUUUCCAACCAGAUGCAUUAGUCUUCAAACGUAGUUAAAGCUGAACUGUUUUUGUUAACAAGUGAAUCGCAAAUGCAGAAGUAGUGGUGUACUGUGGCCUUCUGGGAAAGGAGAUGUGCUCUCUCGCACCACGCAAUAGAACAUCACCCAAAUCCCUUUGCUGUCCUGUGUGUGGUUAUUCUGAGAUUGUGCUGUGUUUUGUGGCAUUCCUCUUUUGCUAUGCAUUGUAUUAUACCAGUAAGCAAGCUGGAAGGCAAACUUCCCUAGAUCUGUUGGAUCAGUUCAUAUGUUUAGCAAAUUGUGUGUGUGUGUGUGUGUGUGUGUGCGCGUGUGCGCAUGUGUGUGUAUGUGUGUCUACGUGCAUGCGUGCGUGCGUGCAUGUGUCUGUUUUUGUUUCCACCCUUUCACAAAGAUAAUUAAGUGGUCUUAUUUUGAUUUUGAAAAAAAUUCGGUAAUAAGCUUAGCUAAUUAUUUCUCCAUUCUGCAGAAAGUGACUAUCAUUGCAACUAUUCUUACUGCAAACGACCAGAGCCUUCUGUCCAGCUGCAGUGUAGCCUUAAUUUGAAGGUCAGCUAAACAUCCAUUGUAAAUAGUGUAAGUAAUGAUCUGACUUGCAUGGAUGCAAACUGUGUUUAAGGUGAAGGUGGGCCUGCUCAUUCCGCUGCUCCUGUUGAGGUGGCUCUUCAGGGGCCUUGGUGGCUGAAAUAUUUGGUGCUGGGUGUCGCAGGCACAGAGGCCAGCUUGUGCUGUUUUCUUGGGACAGGAGAAAUGAACUUGUUUUAGCAAACAGAUAUUCCUUUCACUCUGUGGCUUCAUAAGUAGCUUGUAUGCUUUCUCGAUUGGGAACAGUUUCUCAACACUGUUGGAAGACUUUGCCAAAAAUGGAAAAAAAAUAAAGUUCAUUUAAUCCCUGAUCUAAUGUUGAGCCAUUCAAAGCUGUUUUGAAAGAAAGCUAAAAUAUUAAUGUGCAGCUUUUACCAAAAUACAUAAAUUCCGAAUAGUAACAGACUGUUGGUAUUUAUUGCUAUUGGGGAUCUUGAGGAUAGGCAAUCUUGAGUUGACGGACUAUCACGCUCCCAGAAUGCAUUGCUAUUGAGCAAGCUGUUAUUGUGUUGAAGUGUAAAACAACCAGAUGUUUUUACUUUACCAGCCGAAAUACCGGUGCCUUUAAAAGCUCAAAUGUGUUCUUUUCAUCUGGUUCUCGAACUCCAACAGAAAAUAGUGAGGUAAAUUCAAUGUUGCAGACCUGCAUUCAAAUGAGGGAAACUUCCCUGGACUCACCACAGACAUGAUUGGCAAAAAGGAAACACAAAAUUGAGAUUUAACUGGACUGUGAAACACUAAAGAAAGGUAGCAACUAAAAUAUUUUCCACUGGCAUGAUUACAGAUUGCAUUGUCACAGAACUUUUUGAACCAUAUCAUUGUUAAAGAAAAAUAUUAAGUGCAAAUUAAAUAUUGAGUAAAUAAAUCCAAUGGAAGGAUGUACUUUGCAAGAGCACAAACUGAGCUCUAACCUGUGUUGGUAAAUUUUAGUUUGUAUACAUACUUUUUUUAGCCUCUUUUUAACAGAGUGAAUUUUUUUCUUCAUUUGCAUGUUCUCGAUUGUAUGCAUACAUAUUUUAGACAAGCAGAAAGUUAUUUGAAUUUAAAUAAAUUCAGAGAAAACUUGUACAUUGUUUGAUAAUUUUUUGUAAUGGAUUUUUAAGUCAUGAAGCAAUUUUGUACAUUGUAUGAAUAUUAUAACUGCAAGUUUUUGAGGCAUAUAUGUGUGUGAGUGUGCGCGCGUGUGUGGGUGUGUGUGUGGGUGUGUAUAUAUUAUACACACGCAAAAUAUGUUUGUGUAUUAUGUUUAUAUACUUAUCUAUGUAUACAAGCACACACAA